CCCAAAAACCACAACCUCACUCGUCUCUUCAGUGCUAUAGUUUUUUCUAUACCAAAUAUAUCCACAAGAAUUGAAAAGCUGGUGCUUUAGCAAGUUUUGAUUUUUCUCUGUCGUGUGAGCUUGGGAAACAAUGCUUGCUGUAAUAUCUGUUUUUUCAGUUUGCAAAAUUUGAAGAGAGCUUGAGAUCUGCGGUUGAAUAUGGGCGCUGAGAAACACGGUUCCAAGAGUGGAGGAGGUUAUGUUGGUGGCUUCCUGCAGUUAUUUGAUUGGAACGCAAAAUCACGGAAGAAGUUGUUCUCUAGCAAGUCUGAUAUACCAGAGCAAUCCAAACAGAAGAAGAGAUGUGAUGGGAACUUACCUAUGACUCGGGUUCAUCUGAAGAAUGAGGAUGAUACUACAGCAGCAUCCAGUGUCAAAGGAAGCAGUGAUUACAGUUGUGCCUCGUCGGUGACUGAUGAGGAAUUUUAUGGUAUCAAGCCUGCAGGUGUCGUUGCAAGGCUUAUGGGAUUGGAUUGCAUGCCAACCUCUAACGUUUCAGAGCCUUACUCAACUCCAUUUUUAGAUUGUGAAUCCCUACGAAGUGCUCCUUGCCUUUUGAGAAACCUCGAAUACCAGCAAAAUUUUCAAUCAGUAUAUUCCAGCAACUUUCAUGAGAAAAUGGAGACUCUAGGCAGGAGCUCAUUGGAGCCAAAGCAACAGAAGAUAAUCAGCAGGCCAAUUGAGAAGUUUCAAACGGAGAUUUUGCCUCCUAAGUCAGCUAAAUCAAUCCCAAUCACUCAUUAUAAGCUUCUAUCCCCUAUCAAAAGUGCCAAUUCAAUCCCACCUCAGAAUGCAGCUCACAUAAUGGAAGCAGCUGCCAGAAUUCUUGAGCCAGGACCUCAAGCUACAUCGAAAGCAAAAUUGUCCCUAAUUGGAUCUUCUUCACUUCCCUUGAAGGUAAAAGAUUUAAAAGAAAGGGUUGAAGCUUCUCAAAAAGUAACCAAGAUUGCUGAAGCUUCUCGAAGGCCAGCUGAGUCAAAUGCUUCUAAGUACCUUAAAGGGCAACCUAUGAAUAAGAGCUGGAACGGAUCGGCAGAUACAACCAAGCAGAAAGAUCUCUCAGAUUCUGAUGAAUCUUUUAUUGGAGGCAAAACUAAAGGAAAAUCGAUUUCCCUAGCCCUGCAAGCAAAAGCCAAUGUCCAGAAAAGAGAGGGCCUAAAUACAGGCAGCAGCAGAAGUGUACUUGGCCAGAAAGAACCAAGUAAAGUCAUUUCAAACCAAUUGUUUACAAGCCAACCUAGCACAGAAAAGAACACACACAAGAAACCAUCUGUACAUAAUAGUUCAAGUGUUUUGCGGCAGAAUAAUCAAAAACAAAAUAGCAUAGCUGAUAGGGGGAAGGCACCUUCAAAGACAUUUCUUUCCAACUCCCAAGGAAAGCGUACACUUGGCGAGGAUUCUUCCUUUGCGCAACAGAAGAGUUCAAGUAAAAUGGCUGAAAACUCCAAAGUCAGUUCCAGGAGGUUGAACAGACAGGCAGGUGAUAGAAAGGAAGAAACAUAUUCUUGUACAAAAAGUGUCACACGUAAGAAGCGGCCUAGUGAUGGUGAUAUCCAAUAUGAGAAAAAUCAGGCUGCUGGGAGCACGUCUACUCAUAAAAGUGGAAAGCUGAUCCAGUCUGGCAUAUUCACGGAUAGGGAAAUGAGCUGGGGUGAGAAGAGAAAAGGGGAAGGAACAGACAUUAUUUCCUUUACAUUUAAUGCACCCCUGACACGAUCAGUACCCAGCCCCGAGCCCCCAAGAGAAGUACAGGGGACAAGUCAUGAGUUUAGCACGGAUUUUCGAAGUAAAAAGAUGCAGCUCAGCUCAGAUAGUAUGAAUAGUUUUAAGUCUUCUUUUGGGCAUAACUUGAGUGCUGCUGAUGAUUUGAGCACUCUUUUGGAUCAAAAGUUAAGAGAAUUAUCGUACGUAGUUGAGUCGUCACGCCAGAAAAAGGGAACAUCCAGUUUUUCCUCAUCGAUAUUCCAGGAUCUGAAUGGCUUAUCGAAGACCACCAUGUUGCAUGGUAAGGGGAACCAUGAUGACAUGGAAGUGGAUGAUUUAGUCAGCUGCUGGAAGCCUGGAUUUUCUUCUAUUCGUCCUCUGGGAAUCACUGGGCAGCACAAGCAUCAGGGAAUGGAAGAGGAACUGAGUGAGUGUUGCAGCAGUGAAUUUGAAGGCAGGAAGGUGUUUGGCAGUCGGUUCCCAAGUCCUAUAUCUGUUCUUGAGCAUUCUUUUCUUACUGAAAGUUGCAAUUCUUCAGAUACUGCAGAAAGUAACAAUACAGGAGCUAGCAAGCAAAGUUCAUCAGUGCAAGCUAAAGAAGUGCUUGGUAUAUGCUCUUUGAAAAAGUUUCAUUCGAUAGAAGGUGAUGUAGAUUUGUUAGACUCUGCCUCUUCAACUUGUGGCGCAAAGGAGCAUCUCAAAAAUUUCCGUAUGAUGGAUCUUGGGAAAUCACCAAACUGGGAGCUGGAAUAUGUGAAGGAAAUAGUAUGCAAUAUUGAGUCGAUGUUCAUGGAUUUCGCAAUGAGCAGGUCUCACGAGAUCAUCAAUCCACACCUUUUUGAUCAAUUGGAAAGGGUAAAUGGUCGUGGACAUGAGCUAAAACAACGACGGAAGGUAGUAUUUGAUUGUGUGAGUGAAUGCUUGGACAUAAGAUGUAAGAGGUACGUCGGGGGUGGAUAUGAUACAUGGUUAAAAGGUGUCGUGCUGGUCAGAAACAAGGAGAAACUAGCAGAAGAAGUAUAUAGGGAAAUUUCAGGGUGGAGUGGAAUGGGGAACUGCAUGGUUGAUGAACUUGUGGACAAGGAUAUGAGUGGUUACUUUGGUAGAUGGCUGGACUUUGAAGUUGAAGCAUUUGAACUGGGAAUACAGAUCGAGAAACGGUUGCUAAAUUCUUUGAUUGAUGAAGUAGUUGCUGACAUCUUGCUACUCUAAAAUGCAUAUUCUUCUUGUAUGUUUGUUGUUGCAUGUAUGAUUCUUUCAUCCUGCUAGUCAUUGAGAUAGAACAAGAGAAAUGAAAUUGACUGCAGCUUUUGGAUGUGAUGUUACCAGAAUCCACAUUUCAUUUAUUGGUUCAUUUAUCUAUUC